UUAAAAAUAAAAUAAAAUAGUAAUUACAUAUGUUGUAGGCAUAGGAAAAACCAUAAAUUUUAUUUGCUAUAAUUAUAUUAUUUGUAUUACAUAUCUAUAAACUCAAACCGAAACAGAAAUGUUGGUGAAAAGUAUUAUUGGUGUUCAUAAAACAUAUUUUUGUAAAAAUUUCUAUAGGUACACCUCAAAUAGAAAUAUAUUAAAGCUUAGUGAUCGUGGAAUGUUUCAAGAUAUAUUUCCAAACACUGCAGCAUCAGAAAUAGUAACUCUACUGAAUAAGUCACCACAGUGUGUAUAUGCAGGUUUUGAUCCUACUGCUAAUAGUUUGCAUAUUGGGAACCUUCUUGUGAUAGUAAACUUAUUACAUUGGCAGAGAGGAGGACAUAAUCCUAUUGCUUUGCUAGGAGGAGCUACUGGAUACAUUGGAGAUCCCAGUGGCAAGAAUACAGAUCGUUUGGCACUGCAGAGAAACAUAAUUCAAGAAAAUAUAAAUGGCCUUAAAAACAACCUGGAUGAGGUGUUUGAAAAUCACAAAAAAUAUAUUUGGUCAGAUGAAAGAAAGCUAAAGCCCAUAAAAAUUGUCAAUAAUGAAACUUGGUAUAGAGAGAUUAAUUCAAUACAGUUUGUCAGUGAAAUAGGAAGAAAUUUCCGAAUGGGUACAAUGCUGUUAAAACAAAGUGUUCAAAGUAGAAUAAAUUCAGAAGUCGGAAUGAGUUUUACUGAAUUUUCUUACCAAAUUUUCCAAGCAUAUGACUGGCUAAAUUUAUUAAAGGAGUUUAAUUGUAAAUUUCAGAUUGGUGGUAGUGAUCAAAUGGGUAAUAUUAGUGCUGGCCAUGAACUGAUCAGUAGAAUAACAAAGCAAAGUGUAUAUGGUUUAACAUUACCACUAGUAACAACAGAAGAGGGGGAUAAAUUUGGAAAAUCAGCGGGUAAUGCAAUAUGGUUGGAUCCAAACAAAACAAGCCCAUAUAGUCUUUACCAGUUUUUUAUUAGGACCAAAGACUCUGAAGUGGAAAAGUUAUUAAAAUUAUUUACUUUCUACAGUUUAGGUGAAAUUAAGGAUAUAAUGUUUAAGCAUAAAAACCAUCCUGAGGAUAGGUAUCCACAACAAUGCUUAGCUGAUCAGCUGACAGUUUUAGUUCACGGAGAGGAGGGGCUGAAGAAGGCGCGAAUAGCAACAGAAGCUAUACACAGCAAAAAUGUUAAAUCUCUAAUAACAUUGAGCUCUAUAGAAUUAGAACAAGUAUUUGAAGGGGCUCCCGUCACCCAAUUACUUCUGUCUCCUGGGAUCACUGUUCUUGAACUUGGUUUGAAAGCCAAGUGUUUUGCAACUGAGGCUGAUGCCAUGAGAAUUAUUCAAGCGGGAGGUUUUUACAUAAAUCACCAAAAGAUUAAAAACAUACAGGAAGUUAUAACUGAGUCAGUUCAUAUUCUGCCAAACCAGCUCUCUUUACUUCGAGUUGGAAAACGAAACCACUACAUUGUUAAAUGGAUAAAUUAAAUAAAUAAAACGUGUU